AUGCCUGACACUAAAGUUGCAAUAGUGACGGGAAGCAAUCAAGGUAUUGGACUGGAAAUUGUGAAAAAUCUCUGUGAGAAAUUCCCAGGCGUCGUAUUUUUGACAUCCAGGAGCAUUGAAAAAGGAAAAGAUGCUGUUGAAGCUCUUAAAAAGCUUUCACUGAAACCAGAAUAUCAUCAGCUUGAUGUCUUGGACAAGGAGAGCAUCGCCAGGUUUGCCAAGUUUAUUAAAGAGAAGUAUGGAGGCAUUGAUGUACUUGUUAAUAACGCUGCUAUUGCCAAUGCAUCUGGCCCUCAAGAAGAGUUUGGAGAACAGGCAGAGGCGACCUUGACGACCAACUACUUCGGUCUGCUAGCUGUCUGCCAUGCUCUGUUCCCUUUACUCAGACCCCAUGCCAGAGUGGUCAACCUCUCCAGCAGCGAAGGGCAUCUGUCCAAAAUCCCCGAUGAGACUAUACGGGAUCGUCUUCAGGACCCCAAUCUUACUGAAGAGGGACUGACAUGUCUCGUGAAGGAAUUCAUAGAUUCGGGAAAAGCUGGUACAUACAACAUUAGAUACAAAGAGAAAGGUUGGGGUUACAUGUCCUACCGCAUGUCCAAGAACGCUGUGAACGCCCUGACAUUCCUGCAGCAGAAAGCUUUUGAUCAGGAUUCCAGAUCGGACAUCGUAGUGAACGCUGUACACCCAGGCUUCUGUACCACCAACAUGACUCGGUACUAUGGAGUGUUAACACCACAAGAAGGUGCUGAUGCUCCCACAUAUCUCGCCUUGUUGCCUCCAAACGUCUCUCAGCCCAGGGGACAGUACGUGUGGAAAGAUCGAACAAUUGUUAGUUGGAUAGAACCGCUGAAAGAAAAAUACUAA